AUGGCCUCGCAUCUGAGCGAUCGGCUACUAUGGUUGUGUUUAGGUGUCACUCUCUUCUUCGCCGUGCGCGGAAUCGCCACGGACCUCCGCCGGGUCCGUGAUUUGACGGAGAUCAAGCAUGUCGAGAAGGAGGAUAGGAUGAUCAGCGAGGGCACAGAAGAUGCUCUCAAAUUAGACACCUUGUUAAAGCUCUCUGAGAGCACCAAUCAUGAUCUCCGCGCGGCGUAUGACGACAUCAAACCUCCUCCUCAAACGAACUUCAUUAACAUUCUCUCUAGGGCUCUGCGCAUAAUCGCCGAACGCUCUACUAAGGGCGAAACUCGGGAUCUGUUUCUAGAGGACCUGGCAAGCAAGCAUAAGGAUCGACGGAACAAGGCGCUCAGCGCCAUACACUUUCUAGUCUCGAAUCGAGCACUGGCACGAACCUCCGUAUGUACACGACUACAGGACCUCACAACCUAUACCGCACUCGUCGAUUGUCUCUGCAAUUUCUUAGAGGAGCAUGUCGAAGAGACAUCGACUACCGUGUCCCCCAUCUUCCCGAAAACGAGACCGCUAGGGGAAAAGAAGGCCCUCAGCACGCUCAAUCAUGUCCUCCAGGAAAAUAUUCCAGCCGCAUUGGAGGCCGGUGUAAUUAGUCGCUGGCUCGACAAGUACCCGUUCCCCUGCGCACUUGCGGAACCAUCACGGCGGCAGGACGUCGUGAUCCUGAUGAAGACAUGGUGGUCGGACGAUUCGAUAAUGAGCUCCAUAUUCAGCACCCUGUCCUCUCACCCGGAGGCAAUUAAGCAGCUACGGAAAUACGGAUUGAUGGGCAGCUUGAUAGAAGAGAACGAUCCGGACGACGAAGACAGUGACGUGUGGAUGGUCGAUGGGGAGGACACGGCUGGUUCAAGACACAUUCCGGGGCGGCGGCUGCGCGAACGCAGCGCCGAAGAGCAGGCUGUCAGGCGGCGCCGGAGGGAAGCCAUGGUGCUGAGCGACGGUGAGCGACCGCUUGGUAAUGACGACAUCAUCCAAUUACCCAUGUCGGAAUGA